AUGUGCUCAAACGAAUGGAAUUCGAUCAGUCAUUAUCCUCACCAGAAGGCGGAAGCCAGCUCAUCCACUUCACCUGGUCUGCAAUCGCGAGAAUUGCAGUACCUUGCUAACAGAUGGGCAGCAAAAGAAGCUGCCUUUAAAGCCCUGUAUCCAACUUUCAAACCAACGUGGAAGGAACUGAGUGUGUUGAAAGACCAACAGAUCCGGUUGGCAUUCAUGGCCAACCCUUCAAAUCUUCAGCAUGCGUUCUUCGAAUCCCUUAGCUCAAAGAAGCCCAUGAUUAUAUUCCAACCUAAAAAUGCGGCGAAGAUCCCACUCCCUGAUUUGCAUAUGAGUUUGUCACAUGAUGGUGAUUAUGUUGUAGCAAUUGUAGUGGCCAGCUCCGAGGGUUCUACGAGAAUACCCCAGGACACAAAUAUCUGA